UUUGAGACAGAGACAGGUCAUGAACAGGGGAGGGUCAGAGAGAGGGAGACACAGAAUCUGAAGCAGGCUCCAGGCUCAGAGCAGUCAGCACAGAGCCCGACGCAGGGCUUGAACUCACGAACCGUGAGAUCAUGACCUGAGCCGAAGCCUGACGCUCAACCGACUGAGCCACCCAGGCGCCCCAAGGAAUCUUGAGAUAAAUGAUCAGAUUGAAUGACUUUACGUUAUUAGUAAAUAACAUUUGUAAAUAACUUGGGCUUAUACAAUAAGUGUUUUUUUGGAAAGUGUUAUUUUUAAGUAAUCUCCACAUCCACCGUGGGUCUUGAACUCACAACCCUGAGAUCAAGAGUCAUGUGCUCCACUGCCUGAGCCAGCCAGGCACCCCAUAUAAAAUAAGGGUUUUAAUUAAAAUAAGUGGAAUGGAAGUUAAUCAAAACAACAAAUUUGGGCAAAGUUAAAGUUUUGGAAAAAAGAUACUUUUGGAUUAGAUGGUGCCUCUGAGUUUGUUUUGCCUUGGAAUAUUUCAUCCAUUUGGUUCUCCCAGAUUUUCACAUCUUUUUCUUUCUUUUACAUAGAACUCAUUGAUUGUCUAAAAGUUCCAAGUUUGUACCCCUCCUUCCUGUAGCCCACAAAUAACAACAUCCAUGGUGUUUGGCAAAAGGAUGGCCUUUUUGUUGGGUUAGGUAUAGUAAUGAAAUCUUUGUUUCUAUGGAUACUUUGUUAAUUGGGAUUAAUCUGUUUCGUAUGAACAGAGAAUAGGAUAGUGAAAGAAAUCAAAUUCUUUUUUAAAAAGAUGUUUAUUUUGAAAGGGGGUAGAAAGAGAGCGCAUGCAUGAGGCUGUGUGUUGAGCGGGGGAGGGGCAGAGAGAGGGGGAGAGAGAGAAUCCCAAGCAGGCUCCGUGCUGUCAUUGCAGAGCCUGACUUGGGGCUCAAUCCCAUGAAUUGUGAGAUCAUGACCUGAGCCGAAAUCAAGAGUUGGAUGCUUAACUGACUGAGCCAGCCAGGUGCCCGGAAAGAAGUCAAAUUCUAAAUGAGGUAGCAUCUUUGUAGUUCUUGCAAAAGGUGUUAUUUUUUAUUAUUUAUUUAUUUAAAAAUUUUUUUUUAACGUUUAUUUAUUUUUGAGACAGAGAGAGACAGAGCAUGAACGGGGGAGGGUCAGAGAGAGAGGGAGACACAGAAUCCGAAACAGGCUCCAGGCUCUGAGCUGUCAGCACAGAGCCUGACGCGGGGCUCGAACCCACGGACUGCGAGAUCAUGACCUGAGCCGAAGUCGGCCGCUCAACCGACUGAGCCACCCAGGCGCCCCAAAGGUGUUAUUUUUUAAAUGCUGGGUUGAUAUGCACUCUUGGAGAUAAUCACCCCACUUCCAUACAUAUUUAAGAAAACCAUAGUCCUGUUUCAUCUAAUUGGAUUGCAGAUGCCCUGAGCAUUGUAGACCUUUGGUAACUUGUCAUAGGUUGUUAAAUUUGUUGUUUGGAAUUAUUAUGUGGGGUACAUGAUUGACCUGUGAAAUCUCUGAAACUUGUAUAGGAGCUCAAGAUACGUAUUCACAUAUAUAUGUGUAUAUAUGUACGUAUGUAUAGGUGUGUGUGUAUUAUUUCUGUUACUGUCUCGGAAGUAAAGAGUAUAGAGUAGGUUGGCAAGAUUACAAACAAAACUCUAGUACAUGCUUAGAGGGAUAGAAUUCCUCUUGAAAAGAAUAGAGAGUAGAUUGAAAGAAAGAGCAUUACUUUUGUGCAAGAUUUUUGACACAGUUUAUAAAUUUUGUGUCUAUGGAUCUUCCAUUCUAAUCAAUGGAUUGCUAACUGGUUUGGAAGAAAAGCUAUUAGAAUUGUAGCUUUUAUUAUGGUUUUUCCUAAUUAUGCAGUGUUCACAUGUUAAAAUGUAAACUUUAUAUUCUUUGUUUUAUUUCAGGGACUUUGGUUGGAAUGAAGUUAGAUGUACUAGUUGUAUGGGUAAUUGGCUCAUUUAAUCAGGUACAGUGUCGGUAAGACCAAAGUCAUCAUGGCAGGUGUUAUUUAACCUUUGUUAUUUUAACGCAAUUUACUUUGUCCAGCUUGUCCACAAAUUCUUGGAAAGGGACCUUAGCAAGUAUGUUUAACUUAAAUCUACUCAUUAGAUACAAAUGACGUAGAUAAUUGUGAUCUCUGUAUAGGAGGGUCAGGACAUAUUUGAGAUCUAAUUCUUGAUUAUUUUCAUAAAAUUUUGCAUACACUUAGCACUUUCAGCAGGUAUUUAAUGAUUGCACAAGUUUUUGUGCUUGUGUCCUUUCCAUUGCAGGACUUGAAUAGUUAACCAGCUCAUGAGUGCCUAUGGAGUGGAUCCCAUCCUGUAGAAUUUCUCUUUUUUGCCUGAAAUUGCUCUAAGCUCCACUCCUGGCUUCUUUUUCCAGGGCCCUCAGUGUGGUCUAUUCUGUGGGUUUUAUAAACACAAGGCUCGCCCACAUUUCAUGCCUCUUGAUGCCCUGACCCACAGUUUUUGAAGGCUCGGCUAUCUGAUUGAAAACUGAAGACAGGGAAUUAUGCAGGGAACACACAUGCAAAUCCGUAUUCCAGAAACUAGCCUCGAGAGGAAAUACAGACUAGCUAUUCACAGUCACACAGAACUACUUAGCACGCUUUGCCAGUGUCUCCUGAGGAAGUCAGAAUCUGAGCCAGCAUGAAGACUGAAUCUGGUCUUUGGUCUGAUUUAUAAACUGUACUUUAUUCUAACCAUGUGCAAGGUGGAGGUUAUAGCAUGGAAACUAAAACCUUACUUCCUGCUUGACAUAACUCACUUCAAGAAGAGCACAAUGUCAGAACGUGGAAUUAAGUGGGCUUGUGAAUACUGUACGUAUGAAAACUGGCCAUCUGCCAUCAAGUGUACUAUGUGUCGCGCCCAGAGACCAAGUGGAACAAUUAUCACAGAAGAUCCAUUUAAAAGCGGUUCAAGUGAUGUUGGUAGAGAUUGGGAUCCUUCCAGCACGGAAGGAGGAAGUAGUCCUUUGAUAUGUCCAGACUCUAGUGCAAGACCAAGGGUUAAGUCUUCGUACAGCAUGGAAAACGCAAAUAAAUGGUCAUGCCACAUGUGCACAUAUUUGAACUGGCCAAGAGCAAUCAGAUGUACCCAGUGCUUAUCCCAGCGUAGGACCAGGAGUCCCACAGAGUCUCCUCAGUCCUCAGGAUCUGGCUCAAGACCAGUUGCUUUUUCUGUUGAUCCUUGCGAGGAAUACAAUGAUAGAAAUAAACCGAACACAAGGACCCAGCAUUGGACUUGUUCUAUUUGCACGUAUGAAAACUGGGCCAAGGCUAAAAAGUGUGUUGUUUGCGAUCAUCCCAGACCUAAUAAUAUUGAAGCAAUAGAGUUGGCAGAGACUGAUGAGGCUUCUUCAAUAAUAAAUGAGCAAGACAGAACUCGAUGGAGGGGCGGCUGCAGCAGUGGUAAUAGCCAAAGAAGAUCGCCUCCCACUACGAAACGAGACUCUGAAAUGAAAAUGGAUUUUCAGAGGAUCGAAUUGGCUGGUGCUGUUGGCAGUAAGGAGGAACUUGAAGUGGACUUCAAAAAACUAAAACAAAUUAAAAACAGGAUGAAAAAGACUGAUUGGCUAUUCCUCAAUGCUUGUGUGGGGGUGGUAGAAGGUGAUCUAGCUGCUAUAGAAGCAUAUAAGUCAUCAGGAGGGGACAUUGCGCGUCAGCUCACUGCGGACGAAGUGCGCUUGCUGAACCGCCCUUCUGCUUUUGAUGUUGGCUACACCCUUGUACAUCUGGCUAUACGUUUUCAGAGGCAGGACAUGCUAGCAAUAUUGCUUACAGAGGUGUCUCAACAAGCAGCCAAGUGUAUUCCUGCAAUGGUGUGUCCCGAACUGACAGAACAAAUCCGGCGAGAGAUCGCUGCCUCUCUUCAUCAGAGAAAGGGGGAUUUUGCUUGCUAUUUUCUCACUGACCUUGUAACAUUUACGUUGCCAGCAGAUAUUGAAGACUUGCCUCCAACAGUCCAAGAAAAAUUAUUUGAUGAGGUGCUCGAUAGAGAUGUUCAGAAAGAGUUAGAAGAAGAAUCUCCAAUUAUAAACUGGUCUUUGGAGUUGGCUACCCGUUUGGACAGUCGACUGUAUGCGCUUUGGAACCGGACCGCAGGAGACUGCUUACUUGAUUCAGUGCUACAAGCUACCUGGGGCAUUUAUGACAAGGACUCGGUGCUUCGGAAAGCCCUGCAUGACAGCCUGCAUGACUGUUCACAUUGGUUUUACACACGUUGGAAAGAUUGGGAAUCGUGGUAUUCUCAGAGCUUUGGUUUACAUUUCUCCUUGAGGGAAGAACAGUGGCAAGAAGACUGGGCAUUCAUACUGUCUCUUGCCAGCCAGCCUGGAGCAAGCUUGGAACAGACGCACAUUUUUGUACUUGCACAUAUUCUUAGACGACCAAUUAUAGUUUAUGGAGUGAAAUAUUAUAAAAGUUUCCGGGGAGAAACUUUAGGAUAUACUCGGUUUCAAGGUGUUUAUUUGCCUUUGUUGUGGGAACAGAGUUUUUGCUGGAAAAGUCCGAUCGCUCUGGGCUAUACAAGGGGCCACUUCUCUGCUUUGGUUGCCAUGGAAAAUGAUGGCUACGGCAACCGAGGUGCUGGUGCUAACCUGAACACGGACGACGACGUCACUGUCACGUUCUUGCCUCUGGUGGACAGCGAGAGGAAGUUACUGCACGUGCACUUUCUUUCUGCUCAGGAGCUAGGUAACGAGGAGCAGCAGGAGAAGCUACUCCGGGAGUGGCUGGACUGCUGUGUGACCGAGGGCGGCGUGCUGGUGGCCCUGCAAAAGAGCUCUCGGCGGCGCAACCACCCGCUGGUCACGCACAUGGUGGAGAAGUGGCUCGACCGCUACAGACAGAUCCGGCCUCGUACCUCCCUGUCCGACGGAGAGGAAGACGACGACGAUGAAGAUGAAUGAAAACAAGACCCGAGAGCAGAAGACCAGGGUCUCGGCUCUGCGGCGACCCCAGAGCCAGUGUGGUGCGCGCCCCCGGCGGCGUGGGGGGCGCCGAGGGACCCAGAUGUGGCUGGACCCGCCGGGAGGGGUGUCUCUUGUCCACACCCGGUGGAGACGACGGAUCUGCUGCGUGAGGAGACGGAGACCUUUGUCUGGACGACAGUUUGUAAAAAAGAAAAAAAAACCCUAACUUUAUGAAGACAGAACUUUUCCCCUUUCAAAUUGUAAAUCUGUCUAUAAAUGUAACGCAUGUGGUUGUGUAAGAAGUUGUGUCAUAGGACAAGUUGUACCAGCCUCUUCAUGUUAUCGAGAUGUUUUUUUCAGCACGGGCACCUCCAAAAGCACACGGCAGACGACUCUCUGUUCCUCCGAGAUCUUCUUUCUUAAGUAGAACCCGACAUUCUACUUCGACCUUAAAAGGUCCACUUUACGUUGAGUCUCACUAGAGCUCAUCAGAGAUCUGGAAGCUUUUUGUACAGAUUAUCCACAGCCACACGUAAAAAUAAAAACAAGCUUUUAUUUUAUUAAUAAUUUAGUUCCUGUUGUGCCCCAUAAAAUGAAACCAAAUCUUGAAGGAACAAACUGCGAGGAAGGAAAGUAAGGAUUGAGGGAACCUCAUGCAGACGUCAUUCCCUUGUUUUGGAAAGGGUUUGGGUUUCUAUUAUUUUGUCCUUUUUAAAAGCUCCUGAUAGGCCCCUUUUCGGUAUUCGGGCAUUUAUUCGUUUGGAGAAGUGCCCUUAAAAUGAGGGUUCUUCCACCAGAGUCCACACGGCAGUGUCCUCGGGAACAGUUCCUCCCUGGAUGUCAGGGAAGCGCUCGGGGCGCAGGCCCACGCGUGACUACGUCAGUUGUGUGCAGUUCGCUCGCUUGGCGCAGUUGACAACGUUCUCCCAAAUUGCCACGCGGAGGCUCUUUGGGACGCUUCCUUUUAUCCUCAGCUCUGCUUUUGGCCAACUGUGUCAGGGAGGCAGGCCUUUGCUUGGGCUAAUUGGGAAUCAGUUAAGCAUAGAAUAAAGACUUAAAAACGCAGUAAGGUGGUAGACGCGUUGUAUAAUGAAUUUCUCAGAGCAGUCUGAGAAUUUGUGCAUGUUGGUUGAUUGUGGCCAUUCUUAUUCAAAAGUUCAAACUAUAAUCUUAGAUAGAAAUUUUUUUAUAAGAAGUAGUAUUUGACCACUUCAGGUAUAUGUUCAAUACUGGGUAAAAAUUUCAGACCUAUCUCAGGAGCACAAAGACUUCGUGUCCUGAUAAGCACUUUGUAGACUAUUGACGUGGCAAAGGAAUUUGGAAAGACCCCCCCGCACACGCUUCCUUCCCUUUGAUGAAAAGGCCGCGAGAAACCUUUAAAUACUUGUUUUCUUCUCAGUUCUGUUUAGAUGGUGUUUGAAAUGUGCACAGCCUCUAAUUUGACGCUGGAAUACUAAAAAUAGAAAAACACCCAGGAGAUGUCCUUUUAGUUCUUUCUCCUCUCAGAAAUGUCCACUGAAAGAUACUCCCGGAACGAAGGAUCGCUUUUGCUGUAUGCUCAAACUUGCAGGAAACUCUUGCAAUUUGAUUCCGUAUAAAUGAAAUGUGAUGUAAUGAUGGUAAAUGUUACUGUUCCAGGUGGGUAUGUUUUCCUACAGAUUGAUUGUGGUUUACUUUCAUUUUGGUCAGUAAUUUUUUAGAAGGCUGUCCGACUACUUAGCAUAGCAUCUCUGUAAACGUUUCUCCAUACGUAGGAAUAACUCUUCAGUGGGCACAGAUCCUGUUCUAGUUGCUGGUAAGCACACUGCCCUCCCAACUGAAGAAGCCAAAGAGAAAUGCUUGAGAGAGAAGCAUCUAGUCACUAUGGUCUACACUGCAGUCAGUGCUGUCCAGAAAGCAUAGGCUCAGUAUUUAGCCUGUGUGUGGUGGUCUGCUGAGUGGUUUCCCCUGAGGUGCCUCUUUAUUUAUUUAUUUAUGAUCAGUGAUCCCGACCACACCUAGUUUAACAGGUACAGCGUUCUUCCCUGUGGGAAAGGUAGAGGAUUGCAUGUCCUAGGCUCCAGGCAGGGACAGGGCUUUAAAUGGUUUUCGCAGCAGAUUGGCUGGAAGAGGCCAGAAUGUUGGUGAGUCAAUGCUAGGUUCAGCUCUGGAGCGAUUGAAUAGCCAUGGCUGUCAUUCCCAAGAUGAGAGUACGCGGUCCUUUCUCGAAGGUCACGUCUUGGUGGACUCUAGACAGCAAUACCAGAACUGUAUGGAAUUAACUUUAUGGUUUGUUUUUUUAGGGAGAAUACAGUGUGGUGGUUUCUGUUCUAAUUAAACAAAACCUAGGUGCACCACGGACUGGAACCGGCCUUUUUGUUUCCGACUCUAGGCUCACCGUGUCCCAGACUCCGUCUGUGUUAAGGGAGCACCGCUCUCUUUAGGCAGGCGGGGAAUCUCGUGUGCACGUGUCACGCCCUCGUUGCCAACAUCCUGGUUAUGACGAGGAUGUUCAGCUCCCAUUGGGUUUCCUGGGGGGGGGGGGGGGGGGUGAGUAACCACGUGCUCCUGCCUGUCCAGAGGGGGCUGUUUCGAUGUGAUUUUUCUGGGAGGGCUGAGGUGGGACCACCACCUUCACCCGAGGGAGGGAGGUUGAUGCUCUGAAGACGCCCUUUUCUUAAUGGGAAGGGAGCGAGAGGGAGUUUGGUGCCUGGAAUUGGACGGGACUGGUUGACUGGUAGCUGCACGGGCCACGAGUACAAAGGGGUUUAAUGCUAGUCGAGAAGGAGAAUCCUUUACAUCUAAGUUCUUAACCGACGGAAAUGCCUGAUGUUACCAUUUUGCAACAUUGCUUUGUAAAUAUCACUUAAAAGAAUUCUGAGAUUCACUUCCCUUCCUGCAUUAAUGCUUGAGCCAGGUAAUUUUGCUUUUGGGCAAAUUAAAAGCCGAACUCUCUAACUUGA